UAUAAAGGAGCUCAGGCUACUUAAUAUGGCUUACAAGGCCCCAUGCCUGGCCCCUGAUGACCUCACUAGCUUAUCUUUUGCUGCUCCCCCUUGGAUCAGUGGUUUGUUCUGGGGAAGUCACAAGUCCCUUGAAGAAUCUACAAAUGCCAUGAGCCAAAUCCACAUGUAUGUGGAAUUUUGCAUAAAGAUUUGUGAGGUUCUAAGUCCUCUGCAGCCCAAACAAGGCCUUCAAGUUAGAAUUCUUCCUCUUCCUGGGCCAUCCUGCAGUCCUUAUAGCAACCAGAACUACCCAUGUGUAUCCUCCCCUCUGGAUCUUUGCCUCGCCCAUCUCCCUGCCUGACACCCUUCCCUACCCCCCUUCCUCUAGUCCUAAGUCAUCUUUCAAGACUUAGCUUGGGCAUCCCGUCCUCCCAAAAGAAGCCUUCCCUGGCCCUCCAGAAUGGGGUGGCAGCUCCCUUAGCCCUUUCAGUCCAUCAGAGCCCUGGACACUCAGGGUGAUCACUGAUGACAUGUCUGUCUACUUUUGGUAAACACCUGAGUCCCUACCUAAGGCAAAUCAGUUUUCUAAGUCCACGGUUUUCUCCCAGGGAGACAUCUGCAGAUUGUCCCAGUUCUCACCACCCAUCUCAUGCUAGCAGGGACUGGGUGUGAUGACAGUGCAAGAGACAAGACUUCAUAAGUUAUUCUUUGACGUGGUGAAGAAAUAAAGGGGUAGACGCGGCUCUAAACUGGAGGACAAACCCUUUGAGGCACUGAAGGGUUUCUCAACCAACCAACCAUCCAUCCCAAAUCAAGUAUGCCGGGCUCUUGGAGUCACAGCAGUAAACAGGUUGAACAACAAUUCAUCUCCCUCCUGAUAUUCCAAUUUCGUAGCGAUUCAGCUUGGGGGUGGGGGCGAACGGAACGGAAGGGUCUCUCUGACCCUGGAGCCCUUUCCCUUCCUGGCUACGGAGGGUGGGACCUGAGGGAGACACGCAUGCGCUUAGGGAGGUCAGCCUUCGGCCCGGAACUUUGGUUCUGGGCGCAGCGGAGCAUCGGGACCUCAGGUGGUGUGCUCAGCCGGAAGUGGCCGCUGAGGGCGUCGGGCCGAGUUUACCGCGGCGGUUAAUAAGCGUAGAAGACCAGGAUGGAGGCUGUGGCGACUGAGGCGGCGGCGAAGGCACCCGAUGAAGGCUGCACAGAGCCCAGUUCUGGGCACUGGGGGGAGCUAAGCUGGAAUCCGGUUCCACCCAAACCCCUGGACAAGGUGGAAGCAGUGGAAGGAGUGCCAAGGGCCCUGGACAGUGAUGCCCCUGAGGCCAAGAACACAGCAGUGAGUGCUAUGCUGCAUGCUGUGGCUGCCAGCCGCCUGCCUGUAUGCAGCCAGCAGCAAGGAGAACCGGACCUGACCGAGCAGGAGAAGGUGGCCAUCCUGGGCCAGCUGUACCAGGAGAAGCCGCUGGUGUUUCUGGAGCGUUUCCGCACAAGCCUCCGCGAGGAGCACCUGGCCUGCUUUGGCCACUUGCGUGGUGACCACCGUGCAGACUUCUACUGUGCUGAGGUGGCCCGACAGGGCACAGCCCGACCCCGCACCCUGCGCACCCGCCUGCGCAACAGGCGCUACGCCGCCCUGCGUGAGCUCAUCCAAGAGGGCGAGUACUUCAGUGAUGAGCAGAUGCGGUUCCGGGCUCCACUGCUGUAUGAGCAGUACAUCGGGCAGUACCUAACCCAGGAGGAGCUUAGUGCCCGCACCCCGGCCCAGCAGCCACCCAAGCCAGGCUCCCCUGGCACGCCUGCUUGCCCGCUGUCUGACCUGCUGCUCCAGUCCUACCAAGAGCGGGAACUGCAGCAACGGCUGCUCCAGCAGCAGGAGGAGGAGGAGGCCUGCCUGGAGGAGGAGGAAGAAGAGGAGGACAGUGACAAGGAAGACCAGAGUCCUGGCAGAGACUCAGAGACCUGGGUACCUGACUCAGAGGAGAGGCUGAUCCUGCGGGAAGAGUUCACCAGCCGCAUGCACCAGCGCUUCCUGGACGGCAAGGACGGGGACUUUGACUACAGCACUGUGGACGAUAACCCCGACUUUGACAACCUGGACAUCGUGGCCCGGGAUGAGGAGGAGAGGUACUUUGACGGAGAGGAGCCUGAGGACGCGCCUAGCCCAGAGCCAGAUGGGGACUGAUGGCCUGGCCCCCCGCCCUACCCCACUGAAACAAGGCAGCUGACCGGAGGCUGGCUCGGACUUUCUCUAGGGGCCCCAGCGCAGCUGCCCACCCGCCAGCCUCACAGGGUCUGGUCCCAUCUCCCGCUGCCCCUCCCACUGUGUCUGCAGUUCCCUGCCUCCCCCAGCCCAGCCCUGCUUCCCCGCCUUCAUUGCUGUUUCUCUGGCUUUCUUUCUCU